UGUCAAGCAGCUUCUAUUUCCAUCCCUGACGGGAAGCGCAAAGCCUUUGACUUUCCUAUCAAGUCCAGCCGGCCACACACUGCUUCAGUCCGCCCGUGUCCUCAAAGAACAUCCAUUGAUUUUGCCGUUUAGGCACUCUGCAUCUACACCUAUAUCUGUGACUUUUCAGGGACUUAAAAAAGCGCAAGGCUCGACAAGUUUCCAUCCCACCAACAAAAAUAGAGAGCCCACUGUGUUUCCCAAACUGCCAACGUCGCACUCUGAAAGGCUAAUCAGGACCACAAACACCUGGCCAGUAACAGGAAAAGGUUCAGCAAAUUCCUCUUUCACACAGUUUACUAGGCCAGGGCCUGAUAAAGGAAGUACUUUGCUUCUGCCCUCUCUCAGCCCUGCUGCUCGAACACAUAACACGAAUGUGCCACCAACCACUUUGGCAGAAAACUUUGCCACGGCUUCUUAUUUGGAUGAAAAGUCUGAGCUUUUUUUUAUCACAUUGUCAAGUGAAAUGAUGCAAGACUCCAAGAAUCCAAGUCAAGUAAGUGUUGCUUCAAGGCUAGAAAUGACUGAGAGAGGUGGGAUUACCAGAGAUAUGUUUACAAAUCAGAUAUUAAUGACUAAACAAAGCAAAGAUAAACAAGUUAGUAAUAGCUUACAUGUUCCAACGUCUAUGAAAAAUGAGAGUGACCGGAAGAGUAAAGAAGAAAUGGAUAUUAAUGGGAUGCUUUCCACACAUCCGCCCUUAAAACAGCAGUCUGAACAGAAUCAGUCAGCUGUAAUGAAGGUUGAAAGCACCACUGGUGCAGAAGUACUUGACCAAAAUAGUCAGAACGCUGUCGGCAUGCAAAACGAGAAGCGGAGCCCUGCAACAGAUCUACUGCAAAACAUUGUGUCAUCCUCUCAAAGUCGAGGCCAGGAUUUACAGAAAACUACUGAAGGCCAAAUGAAUGCAUCUGUUUCUCCAGCUGCCAUUGAGAGUUUUCUGUCUACUCAACCUUUGGCUUCCCCCGCUACUGCUGAAACUCCAAAAACGGUUGAACAGAUGAUUAAUCAGGCAAGUUCACUCAGCUCUACUUUAUCAUCCAUCAUAGCUGCUGUAUCAAAUGGGAAGGACAUUAAUGGCCCACUAUUACCAUAUCAAACAGCAUCUGCAGGAGCCCACCUCCAGCAGGCAGCAUCAAGCCAAGCCCCCAGCACCAGACAAGCUAUAAAGAGGCACACCAUAAACAUUUCAGCUGUAAAACAUCUGACCUUGAACCCAGCGACUUCUCCACCACCUAAACCAACCACAGACUCCGUGAAAUCCACCCUUCAACCUGGUGGUCCUAACAAACUGUUCACCAUACACUCACUGCCUUUAAUCCCAUCAGAAAGCCUGACAGAUUCCUUAACGGUGUUGCGAUCACAUCCACAUGUGAAAGAAAAUGUGUUAAAGGGACGCUUUACGCAGACCACACUGCCAUCUAUUACUGAGGGCACGUUCUUUGCCAUUGGCCCCACGGAUGUAAGCAUGGCAGGUUCAGAGAUAACAGCAACAGCAUCCCCCCAAGCAAGUUCAUUGCAAUUAUCGGAAGAAAGUGAAAGUGACCUGUCCACUGUUUUCCCAUUUGAGUCAAACCUGGCAAAGUCGACUGAGCUGAUGUCAGACCUGCCAGUGAUGCAGAGGAGGAUGAGGAUUGCAUCACCGGAUUUCCUCAGUGGCUUGGCCCAGAUCUCAGAUGACAUCUGCGGCAGUGGAAACUACACAGCGGAGAUGCGUCUGACCCUGGAGAGAGAUAUCAUGCCAGGAGAUCUCGUCCCUGCUCUUGGAAACCUGCAUGUCGUCAUCAACCUGAAAACAAAUAACACCCAGGUGAACCUGGAGAUAAAGUCCUGCUGUCUCUCACCCACAGUCAGACUAGAUGAGUUCAACACCACCUGCUGCCUGUUUUCCAGAUUACCCAUAGAUCCACAAGGCAUCCACCUGCUUCCCACUGUUCUGUCAAAAAGAGCCAGUUUCACCAUCAGUCUUUUCCAGAUGAUUAACUACUCCUCUGCCUACCUACACUGUGAUCUGAGUGUGUGCCUGAGGAACAACUCGGAGUGUGAGCGGUGUCAACAGCACCGAAAUGCCCAUGCUACUGAUAAUGGGGAGGUUCUCUUCAGCAAUACUGGAAAUCGCAUUUCUUUUGGGCCCGUUUUGAAAGAGACAGAUGAUUCCGCGCUCAUAGAAACUGCAGGAGUGGACAGUGCAGAAGCAGCAGUGAUUCUGGGUUCUAUAUCUGGCUGUUUUCUUGUCUGCAUAGCUCUAAUGCUUAUUUGGACGAUUUACAGACAUCACUUACAAAGGUCAGGGCACUGCCAGUGCUGGACUCCCCACGGCUGCUCACAUAAUGGAGAACACUUCUUACCAUGA